AUGUCAAUACGACGCGUACAAUUUCUUAAUUUCUGGCAAGAUAUAUUUAUGGAUAAUAAGAUUGUUGAUAUCAACAUAUUUGCAGAACCUAAGCCGGAUGGAUAUGUGAUGACCGUUAGUGGUCUUGAUUUACAAUUGGAUAAUUUUUAUAAUAUUAGAAGUUGUGUAUUUCCAUUUUCAUUUUACUUUAUGAAGCAAAUUGAUAACUUUAAAACUCUAUACGAAGAAGAAAUAUCAUUACUUAGAAAAAAUAGAGAAAAUAUAGGUCCUUCUACUAGAAAAUUAUUGGAGCACAUUAACGAAGAUUACAUUAAAGAGUUUAUUAAUAAAGAUUUUGUCAAUAUAGUUUGCAAUAGUAAAUCUUCAUCUAAUAAUUCUUCCUCUAAUGAAAUUCCCUCUUCUUCUGUAUGCUAUCAUACUGCUUAUUCAGCUCACUAUUUCCAGUGA